CCUCACCGCGCUCCGCCAUUUUGUCGCGCUAGAAGAAAACUCCGCCGAGCCACAAAGUUCCUGGUUAGACCUCAAGUUCCUCUUUGUGCAAUGGACGGCCGCCUAGAGACUGACUUGUAUCCUAUGGGAUCGAGUUACGCAGAAUUAGACGUUGUCCAUGAUAUUGCAGUUGGCACUAAGAGAGGAUCAGACGAACUUUUCUCCUGUGUUUCCAACGGACCAUAUAUAAUGAGUUCAGCAGCAAAUGGCAAUGACAACAAGAAGUUUAAGGGGGACAUCAGAAGUCCGGGUGUUCCAUCCCGUGUCAUACAUGUACGCAAGCUUCCCAGCGACAUCAACGAGGCCGAGGUCAUCUCUUUAGGCCUCCCUUUUGGCAAAGUAACCAACCUGCUCAUGUUGAAAGGAAAGAACCAGGCUUUCCUUGAGAUGAACACUGAGGAGGCAGCCCAGACUAUGGUCAGCUAUUAUUCUUCAGUCACAGCAGUCAUCAGGAAUCAUCCCAUCUUUAUGCAGUACUCUAACCACAAGGAGCUGAAAACAGACAAUUCACCCAACCAAGUGAGAGCACAGGCAGCGCUGCAAGCUGUCAAUGCAGUCCAGACAGGCAGCUUGUCCUUGGCGGCUGUGGAUGCGGCCAGCAUGGGUGGACCCAGUCCCGUCCUCAGAGUUGUAGUGGAGAACCUCUUCUAUCCCGUAACUUUGGAUGUGCUGCAUCAGAUCUUUUCCAAGUUUGGCACCGUGUUGAAAGUGAUCACCUUCACCAAGAACAAUCAGUUUCAAGCUCUUCUGCAGUUUGCUGACGGGCUUACUGCUCAGCAUUCAAAGCUGGCUUUGGAUGGACAAAACAUCUACAAUGCAUGUUGCACACUGCGUAUUAGCUUUUCCAAGCUUACAAGUUUAAACGUUAAAUACAACAACGACAAGAGUCGAGACUACACACGGCCUGACCUGCCAACAGGAGACGGCCAUCCUACUCUUGACCACCAUGCCAUGGCAGCUGCUGCUUUCGCCACUCCCGGGAUCAUUUCUGCUUCUCCGUAUGCUGGGGCCCACGCCUUCCCCCCAGCCUUUGCCAUUCAGCAGGCUGCAGGCCUUGCUUUGCCUGGUGUUCAUGGACCUUUGGCCUCUCUGACCAUCCCUACUGCUGCGGCGGUGGCAGCAGCCAGCAGACUGGGCUUUCCUACUCUUUCUACUGGCCACUGUGUUAUGCUGGUCAGCAACCUGAACCCUGAGAGAGUUACGCCCCAAUGCCUCUUUAUUCUUUUCGGUGUUUACGGUGAUGUGAUGAGAGUAAAAAUUAUGUUUAACAAAAAGGAGAAUGCCCUCAUCCAAAUGUCUGAUAGCACUCAGGCUCAGCUAGCUAUGAGCCAUCUGAAUGGACAGAAGUUGUAUGGCAGACCACUGCGGGUCACUUUGUCCAAGCACACAACUGUUCAGCUGCCACGGGAGGGGCACGAGGACCAGGGCCUCACGAAAGAUUACAGCAACUCUCCACUUCAUCGCUUUAAGAAGCCUGGCUCCAAAAACUACUCCAACAUCUUCCCUCCUUCCUCAACGCUGCACCUCUCCAACAUCCCACCCUCCGUGGCUGAAGACGAUCUUAAGGUGCUUUUCGCCAGCUCUGGUGCCGUGGUGAAGAACUUCAAGUUCUUUCAGAAAGACCGCAAGAUGGCUCUGAUUCAAAUGGGUUCAGUGGAAGAAGCCAUUGAAUCACUCAUCGAGUUCCACAACCACGACCUUGGCGAGAACCACCACCUCAGAGUGUCCUUCUCUAAAUCGACCAUUUAAAGAGGACGGACUGCUGGCGUCAACUUAAAACAUGAACAGUGAAAAAGUUGAGGUGGCUUCUUAGAAGCUUCAACUACAAAACUCACUUCCAUCAUUCCACUGUUUUAUUUAAAAUAUAUGUAGUGGCUCAUGUAUAUGAUUUGUACUUUUUAAAAAACAAAAUGUUUAUGGAUGACGGUUUAUUCGGUCACGCCUCGUAAUGAGCCUUUUUUUCUUUUUUCCAGUUCCACCACAAUGUUGUUUGCAUUGGUGAACUUAGCCUUGAAAGUACUGCACUGUUUUUUUUUGUUUGUUUGUUUUUUUUCUUAUUUUUUCAGAAGUACUUCUUGUGCCUUAUAUUCCUAUCUUUUUCUCAGCUCUUUCAGAGACCAUAAACAGUGAGGUCUGAUGUAUAGUGUGAAACCAAUGUUUAAAAAAGAUCCUAUAGUUUACGAUCUUUAUAGCCUUGUUUAAUUAAACCUUAGGAUGUGUUUUGUUAGACGGCUUUUGAUAAAUCAAUGACAUGCCUUAAGAUGUUGGCCAGUUUUUUUUUUUGCUUAUUACAUUCCUAUAUUUGUUCGAGUCUUACCACACACACUGUAUCUAUAGACGGACUGUUUACAUUCCUUUUUUUAUUUAAUGCAAUACAUUUGUGUACAAAUCACAUAUUUACUAUCUGUGUUUUGAUACUGUUGGCCAUUGCAUGUUGGCAUCUGGUCAGUGUCUCUCACUUCUGUUUCUUUAUAAUCAUUUCUAUACUUUUCAUAGACCUUUUAAGUAUUGCCUUUAUGUAUUCAUGUUUUAUAUUGUCAUACUUGAUAUAUUUGACUUCUUCUUAAACUGUUUUUGUAUGUACACUACAGCUCAAAACCAAAGCCUCUAUACAGCUUACGCUUGUGAGGAGACCUGUACUUCUCACAUUUAGAAUCGGCCAGGUAGAAAUCUAGAAGUGUUAAUGUGGCCUUUGUAAAGAGAAAAGAAUAUGUUUAAUUUGUCAUUUGGAAACAUUUAAUGUAGUGUCUGUCUUCUGCAGUCAUAUGAUUUAGUGUUUCCAGUAAAAUAGGUUGUUUUUUUCCCUUGACGAUCAUUUUAUUAGUACAGACAAGUUUUUAUCCUAACCACAUAUUAGAUUUUUUUUUAUUAUAGGCCUAUUUUAUUCCUGGGUGUAUAGACAGUAUAUACAUGUAUUUUUAGUAUGAAGUAAGAUGAUAUAGUCUUUCUUCAAGGAGGCAGACUGUUGUCUGUGUGUUAAAGCCGUCUUAUGAAAUGUCUUUAAGAAAGAAUGUGUUCCAGAGAACAAUCUCUAUUAAUCAAAUCAUUUUUUAAGAGAUUUUUUACAAAAUAUUCUUAAAUGCUGUGUGAGACCGUAAGGCUGUUCAUCCACUUCACCUGCCUAAAAUAAUUUAGUGCUUAUUUUUUCUAAAAACCUUAGAUAAGGUGUAAAUAUUUUUAUACCACUGUUCAAAAGCAAUAGGUUUUUUUCUAUCUAACUGCAAAUGUAUAUUUUGAUUAGUCUUGGACCACCAGCGUGCAAAAAAAAAAAAAAAAAAAAAGCUGAUUUAUGAGUCAAUUUACAAUCUUUUUCAAAUCAUAUGUUUCUUAACAUUCCUGUAUUUGGAAGGUGUACUUCUUUUUUAAUGGUCACAUUAAACGUUUGUUUACCCUGAA